AUGUCAUCCGUCAUGCAUUACUAUCCAGUGCACCAGCCCAAGAUGAACGCCUUCCCAGCGCCCGUGGUCAAGUUCAGCAAUCUUCUGUAUGCCCAUCAUCAUGGCUCGGCGCAGACACUGCAGCAUCCACAGGCACCGCUUCCAGUGGCCACGCAUCCCACGUAUCAGCAUGUGGCACCAACAACCUUGCCACUGUCCAUUGGGGAGCAGCCUGGCCAGCAGUUGUCCUCCGACGAGAAUAUGCCACUGCAGCCGGCACAGGAGCAACGAGUCAAGUUGAAACGUUCCCGCACCGCAUUCACCAGUGUGCAGUUGGUGGAGCUGGAGCACGAGUUCAAGAGCAACAUGUAUCUGUACAGGACACGUCGCAUUGAGAUUGCCCAGCGUCUGUCGCUGUGUGAGCGUCAGGUGAAGAUCUGGUUCCAGAAUCGACGCAUGAAGUUCAAGAAGGACAUUCAGGGACAUCGCCAGCGCGACUCGAAGCCCAAUGCAAAACUGUCGCAGCCACAAACGGAGCAGACUGCACAUCGUGGCAUUGUCCAGCGACUGAUGUCCUACUCCCAGGAUCCCAGUGCUGAGAAGCGUGCGACGACAGCUGUCGCUGCCACACAGCCGGCUCCCAUUCCCAACUACUUUGGACAACAGGUCAAGGCCAAGCCUAAGCCCCCAACAGUGUCCAGCAGCUCAUCGGAGCUGAGUGAAAUCCUGGAGCAUCUCGCACAGUCAACAGCAGCUCCAAGCACCAAUGCUUUGCCGGCGAGCAGUACAUCCUCUGGUCACUAUUCGUACAAUGUGGAUCUGGUAUUGCAGAGCAUCAAACAGGAGCUGGAGGAAGCGGCUCAGGCAUGGUCCAAGUCCAACUCAGCGGCUGUGAUAGGAGCUCAGACCAGACACGCUGAUGCCAAUGCCAUGCAUCCCACUUCAUCCAUAUCUAUGAAUCUCUCCUGGGGCGAGCCUGAGGCCAAGUCCAGAAAGCUGAGUGUCUCCCACAUGAAUCCCUGCACGGCCACCUACGACUACAACAAUUGA